AUGGCAUUAACUCAACCGUCAUCACCAUAUGUCUUCACCACGGCAAUCCAACCCCCACCAGGACCCUCAGCUCGACUAGUCAUUCCCAGCGAAUUCCUCCAGCGCACAGAAACACCCGAUCCAAGUCUCCAAAGUGCAUCUGCCAUAACCAACAGCAGCAGCAAUGAAAACCCGCCUGUUUUCAACGAUGCCAUGAAAGUGCGUGCGCGCGUGUUCAUCCAUGAACAGCACUGUUCUGUCGAGGGCGAAAUCGACGAGGAUGAUCCACGCAGUUGGCAAUGGGUGAUUUAUGCGACGGAGGCGCCGUCGACCACUCACUCGCCUUCGCCCUUGGCAUCUGGUACUCCACAGCCCGUCGCCGUCAUUCGCCUCGUGCCUCCUCCCCAUCUACCCCAUGAAGCGCUCUUCCAUGAUGAUGCCGUGCAAGACUUUUCCAAUGACCACGGUCUGUCCUCCCAACCCCUCCCCAGCUACGACUGGACCCAUGAGCCCUGCAUCAAAAUCACGCGCGUCGCCGUCCUCCCUGAAUUUCGAGGCCUCGGCCUCGGACGAAAACUCUUGGACGUCGCGCUAGACUGGGCCUCGACUCACGCCGAGGAGAUUGACAACGCGGCGAGACAAUUGGCGAUUCGAGUUGGGGUUGGAAGUGGAGCUGGACGUGAAAGUCAACAUGAAAGUACAGGUUCCGAUUCACAAUCUCCCGCGGCAUCAAUGGGGCAUCGAGGGGCCGAACAGCGCAGGGAUGAAAAGGUCUCCACCGCACCGUGGCGCGGCCUGGUCCUGGUUCAUGCUCAGGUGGAUGUCGAGGCGAUGUAUCGGGGGAUGGGGUUCACUCAAGACAAGGCAUUGGGGAUGUGGGAUGAGGAGGGCAUUCAGCAUGUGGGGAUGUUUCGACGGGUCGAUGUGCAGUCACGAGGGUAG